UCUUGCAAUAAACGUUUGUGCCGGUUGCAUGGCUGGUCCGAAUCGAGAGCGGAGAAAUCCUGAAGUCAGCCUCUCCUGUUAUCACUAGUCUAGAGCGCAAGAAGGAAAAGAAGGAGAGAAUGGAGCCGGUUGAUCCGCCUCCCAGGAUAGGUCCGGACGAGGCAUCUCGCUCCGGUAAGCGCUUGCUGCCCAAGGCGGUGGAGAAAUACCGCGAUCGUCUUCGUGCUGUGUACAAGAAUUUCCAGUAUCCUCUUGAGGCGUGCAAAGGAAACGAAGAAAGAACUCUGGACCUGGAGGAGGUGUUCGCUGACUUGCACAUAGUGCCCAAACAGAAGCUGAAUGCCAGGAUGGAGGACGUUGAUAGGCUGGGCACGUCAGCAGGCAUGGAAGACUUGGCGCACUCAUUCUCUCCCGGUGCGAAGAAGCUACGAAAGAUACGACUUGCCCAACUGCUCACCCUCAAGAGGUCACAGCGUCAGCGCAUGUACAAGAACACGUUCCGUGUGAUGGUGCUCUCGUGCGCUGGUGGAGGCAAGACCAUGUUGAUGGUGAAAAAGGCGCCGUACGAGUGGGCGCUCGGUCGCAUGUGGGAUGAGAUCGACGUGCUGUGUGCACUGGAGCUACGCUUGUCGUCCGUACGCAAUGCGCAAUGCAUAGGUGACCUGCUGAACCUGCAGAAUCGUGGAAUCACAUUGCCAGUUGAUCAGGCUGAAGUGAUCGACUACAUCUGCGACCAUCCGCAACGUGUGUGUAUUGUACUAGACGGCCUAGACGAGGUGAGCCUCGACGACUGUAGCGAUUUCAUCAACAACCUUAUCCGCGGUACUGAACUGCCUGGAGUUCGUCUCAUCCUGACGUCUCGGCAUUCAGCUGAAGCCAUGCGACUCAUGCACACACUACCGUUUCAGCGACGUGUUGAACUUCUCGGCUUUGACGACGACAACCUAGGCCGCUACGUGCACAACAUCCUCAAAGCGGAAGAAGCCACAGGUCUCCUGGAGAAAAUCUCUUCCAACCCGCAGCUGGGAGCCAUGAUGCGAACGCCGUUCUUGGCGGAAGGCGUGUGCAAGCUGUACCGCUGCAACAAGACUGUACCGGACACGCUAGGCCCUCUCUUCAACUCUCUCAUCCUCAAUGUCCUGCAGCAGCAGCAGCAACAGAAAGCUAUCAAGGACCAGCAGCAGUACGGUAACUGGGGCAGCGUUCCCGAUCAUAUCAAGGACGUCGUAGCGGAGCUCGGCUGCUUUGCUUUCCAAAUGCUCAUCCGCAAACGUGUAGUGUUCACGGAGGACGACUUCACAAUGUUCCAAGUCUCGUCAGCCGCACGUUCACUGGGUUUUCUCGUAGCCUGUGACAAAGCAGUGCACGACACCGGUGACCAGUGGAGGUUUAGCCACCUGUCCAUGCAAGAAGCAAUCGCGGCUCACUUCUAUGCCCGCACAUGCAAGCCUACAGCGGCUGAUGUUCGACAGCUUGUCAACUAUAUCGGCUCAAUGCCUGGCGCGCUCAGUACCUUUGGCAUUUUCCUUGCCACAGAGCUUGAUAGUGAAUGUGUGGAAGCACUCCUCCACAGCAUCCUCUUUGGCAAGCCGAUGGCAAUGACCGGAGCAGAGGAUCACCGUAUCGUGCACUUUCUUUGCGUCAUACGCGAUGACAUGAUGCUGUGGGCCGACCAUUUAGCUUCGGUUUUUCAACUGGAAGAUGCCGAGACUCUCGCCGAGGAGCUUCUGUCCGGAAAGAUUGGCAUGGCCUCAUCAGCCUCUGAAGUCGUCAAGGCCGCAAUGGAUCCCGCGGUUAAAGUCACAAGCAAGGAAUUCCUUCGCACUCUUUUGUCGCUAUGGUUACGUCACACGCCGAGCGCUAACACACAGAUGUUGUACGAUUACAUCUGCAGGUUUGCGCAGGGACUUGCUGUACGUUGCUUUUCAGCUACACCACAGUGCCAAACAGAUCCCGGUACUUCAUCCAGCACCGCGAUGCUAUCCGCUGCGACCAAUUCCUCUUCUCCUAGCCAACUCAACACAACAGAAAGUAGAGGAUAUCGCCUUGUGUUCGCCUGCCGGGUCUUCUCAGCGCAUGCCAGCACCGACCACUUCCAGGGCAAGUCGAUUCCCAGUCUAGAGCAAGUCCUACAGGAGAGUGGCCUCGAUUUCGACAAUGUUCUCUUGACUGCAGCGGAUUGUCAGUCUGUCAGCACAGUAAUGCACCACUAUCACCAGUGCAUCACCAGGGUUAGUCUAAAAGAUUGUGCUAUUGGAGAUGAUGUGUACCAGUGUCUCAGCGCCGGACUGACCCUGCUCAACAAUGUGACAGAUAUCGAUUUACAAGACAACCUGCUCACGGACCGGCAUGCAGGACACAUCGCUUCCCUCAUCAAGACCAAUGCUUCUAGCCUGGGCAAACUCUUCACCGAUGGAAAUGCAUUUACCAGCCUGGGAAAUGUUGAGCUACACCACUAUACUCACACCUGUACUGGAUUGCAGCUGCUAAGUAUUGGAGGUCAGGGCUCAACGGAUGAGUCCAUUAACCUGAGCGUCUUGUCCAAGAUCCUUGGUGAGUGCACAUUACUGUAUGUCAUUGGGCUAGUUGAUUACAGAAUCGGUGAUGCUGGACUGGCACAGAUUGCCCCACUACUCACAACAACCAGUCGGGUAGUCCUUGCUCUGGCAAAGGUUGGAAUAAGCGAGAGCAGCACCAUGGUCUUGUCUAACAUCCUGCACAAGCACUGUGAUACUUUACAGAUGCUUGCACUCAGCGGUAGCCACUUGACUGAUGGGUGCCUUAAAGUCAUCAGCAACCCUCUCCGCAAUUGCAGUAAGCUACAACACCUGUAUCUAGAUGACUGCAACCUAUCUACAUCCUCGCUACCUGUACUAGCUUCACUUCUCCGGAGUUGCAAGGCUCUCUCCGAACUGCAUGUCACGGGAAAUGACUUCCAGGAUGCCAAAGCUAUAGCAGAGCCGUUCGCUAGGUCCGUUGAGUCCUGCACUUCCCUGAACCGGCUCGUUAUGCCAGAAAUGCAGCUACUCGAUCCUCGUCUGCAUCAAGAACUGGUGUCACUAAACAAGCCAGGUCUGGCUGUGCAGUUCGAGAAGUGCAUAGACUAUCCCGAACCUAAGCAUGACAGUGAGGGUGUGUACAACCCAGAUGAGGACAGUGAUGAUGACGAUGACUAGUGGGAGAAGCUGUCAUUCACCCGUAUGGCUAAAAGACGGUAUCCAUUAUACACUAUGGUAUCAACCAUGCCAUGUGACAUCCGCUACACUGUAUGUAUUCGCUAUGCCUUGUGGUACCCGCUAUGGCAUAUAGCAUCUGCUACUCUGUAUGGCAUCCGCUAUGACGUGUGAAAUUUGCAAUGCACCAUGCCAUGUAUGGAUAACUAUGCCGUAUGAUAUUCGCUACGCCAUAUUGUAUUCGCUACGCCGCAUGAUAUUCGCUACGCCGUAUGAUAUUCGCUACACCGUAUGGUAUUCGCUACGCCGUAUGGCAUCCACAGCGCCGUAUGGCAUCCAGUAUGCCAUGUGUCAUCCACUAUGUUGCAUGGUAUCCACUGCGCCAUGUGACGUACGUGUUGCCGCGACACAUCCAAUAUCCCGUGUGACAUUCGCUUUACGCACACCCCCCCCCCCCCCUCCCCCUCCCUCCCCUCAAUCACUCACUUCGUCCGCCCCUCCGCCUGAUAGGCUGGUUAAGUUAAUGUGCAAUGUCAUGUACAUACACGUGUGCAAUAUCAUGUACAUGCUUACUGACUGUUCUUUUCGUGUACUCUACAAGUGUGGCCGUUCAACAUACCACGUCACGUAGUUGCAUGUUCUCUAACCGAACAUACAUGCACACUGUAUAUCAGAAACACUUACAGUACUUACAGGACAUUUUCAUUAAAAUGCAUGUGUUCUAGUGGCAAAACCUUGAAACCCGUUUAGUAAACACAUUAUGUCUUUUCUGCCUGUUUCGCUGUCUCCAUUUCCAUCCCUUUCUCCCCACCCCCUCUCCCUCUCUCUCUCUCUUUCUCUUUCUCAUGCUGCAUUGCUCUCUUUACCAACCCCCCCCCCCCCCCCACCACCACCACCACUUGUAAAUGACGCUUGAGUUCAUCCAAUUUCUUGUUCCCAUUGAGCUGCCACUCUUUGUCGUCAACAUUCUCCAUUGAUGUUGAUUCUAGGCUUGCUUUGCCUAUGCUUGAACCAUCUAAUACUAUGCUAGGUCACGCUGCAGAGACCACGAUGCUUUUUCUAUGCCCGCACUACGCUGUUUUGUGGCCGCCUAUACCAGCUGACAGGAUCUGGAAUGGACUAUCCAGACCACUUUGCUCUGUCUAUGCAUGAACCAUCUAGUAGAAUGCUUGUUCAGACUGUA